GGCCUAAAGAAUUUCACUAACUAUUAAACCCAGACCAGAUAUGCACCAAAGAGGCAACUUCCCAUCCAAAUAUCCAACCCCUAGCCUCAAGGCUAUCCUAAAAUUUAAUGGAAAGUAAACGCACGAGAGUAGUAGAUUGGGAAGUGCACUCAAGCCAAUUUUGCAGAGGGGGCGCGUAAGGCGUAACGAUCGGUUGCAUUCCCUCCAUAAAAAACGAACCAAAUGUUGCUCUCUUCUCUUCGCAGUCAUUUCUUCAAACACCUUCCCGGCGCCACCUCCUUAGCCAUCCGCCGCGUUCACCGCCGCCUCUCUCCGGCUUCCCGUUUCGGGUUUCUUCUCCCUUCUCCAUUUGCCGGAGUUCGGAAUCCAUGGGAUCCGAGAAACUCAGUCACUGCAGCAAGGCUCUCGGCAGCUGCUUUUCCCGACACUCCAGCACCAUGUUCCUUUACUUCCCCUUACCUCUCUGUUCAUAUCCAAUGCCCAAAAGACGUCGCUGAUACGCUCUCAGAAGCUCUUUUAUGUUUUGGUGCAAGUUCUACCAGCAUGGAUGUAUCAGAGAAUGUUCAUGAUGUGGUGUGUAUUAGUUCCAUAUUUUCCGAUUGCCAGGAUCUGGAUGAGUGCAUUUCACAUGCUGCUAACUCCAUAGGCUUGAACGGGACACCCAGUUACAAAGUCAUAAAAUGCGACCAAUCUGACUGGAUAAAGCAAUCUCAGGACUCAUUUCAUCCGGUAGAAAUCACCGAGGGACUUUGGGUUGUGCCAGAGUGGAGAGCUCCACCCAACCUUCAGGCUACAAAUAUAAUUCUGAAUCCCGGAUUGGCUUUUGGAACUGGGGAUCACCCUACCACUAAGCUAUGUUUAUUGCUGCUUCGUGGCUUAAUAAAGGGAGGGGAGCUCUUUUUGGACUAUGGGGCAGGUUCUGGCAUUCUUGCAAUCGCAGCUAUUAAGUUUGGUGCUGCCUUAUCUGUUGGAUUCGAUAUAGAUCCCCAAGCAAUUAGAUCUGCAAGAUAUAAUGCUUCCUUAAACAACAUAGGAGCUGAGAAAUUGCAGUUGCAACUUGUAUUUGGCAAGAAGAGCCAUCCCACCGCAGAUAAGACAACAAAUGGAGGUGUAGAUACGCAGAAUGGCACCAGGCUGAUCUCUGAAACAGAGAAGUAUGAUGUUGUCAUUGCGAACAUACUGUUGAAUCCUCUUCUGGACUUGGCGGAUGAUAUUAUUUCUUAUGCUAAGCCAGGAGCCAUUGUUGGUGUUUCUGGAAUCAUAUCUGAACAGGUUCCAUGUAUCGUGGAACAAUAUUCACGGUACUUGGAAGGUAUUUCAGUGACAAUGAUGAAUGAUUGGGCCUGCAUAAGUGGCACUAAGAAGAGAAGUGGCAGUACUUGGAAGGUAUCUUCACAGCAGUUGCUGGCUGAAGAAGAUAAGCUCUGUUGAGACUACAGGCAGGUGUGGUUGGUUUCUCUAGUUGAGAAUUUGGAAGCUAGUACUUCUGGCUGGCUGUUUUCAAAUUCAAUCUUGUAGGCCCAAGCAGAUUCAUUUACUAGUGAAUUGUUGUUAUUGACCCUUUCAAGUAUAGAUCUGUACAGUUUUUUUCCUCAUACAAGGGUGUUAUAGAGCAAUCUUUCAGACAAAAUGAAAGAAUUUUCUAGAUUGAAUGUUUGUUCAAUUUAAGCUUCUUUUCACAGCAUCGAUCAAUCUAAUUUGGACCAAGGAGAAAGC